AUGUCUGAUGGCACGGUGUGGGGGAGGCACUCGCUCACUCGCCUGCUGUCCCAGUGCUCAGGUGUCUCUGAACCAUUGCUGGUGAAGGCUCGUGUGCUGCAGGUGCUGGAAGUGUGGGGCCAGGACCAGGGGAAGAGGCUGGACCAGGUUGCCCACAGUGCACAAAAGGCUCAGACUGGUGAGCUGCCCCCUGCUUUUCUCCUGUGGGGCGUGCUGGGGAAGGAGCUGAGAUGGACCCAGAAGUCUUCCUGCAGUGAUGUUCUGGGGCUCUUGCAGAAGUCAAAAGCUGUACGGACGCUGUUUGUCAGUGGCCUUCCAGUGGAUAUCAAACCCAGAGAGCUCUACCUUCUCUUCCGACCAUUCAAGGGUUAUGAGGGGUCACUGAUCAAGCUGACUUCAAAGCAGCCAGUGGGUUUUGUGACCUUUGACAGCCGGGCUGGCGCUGAAGCAGCGAAGAACGCCUUGAAUGGCAUCCGCUUUGACCCCGAGAACCCCCAGACCCUGCGGUUAGAAUUCGCCAAAGCCAACACAAAGAUGGCCAAGAGCAAGCUGAUGGCCACACCGAACCCCACCAACAUCCACCCUGCCUUGGGGGCACAUUUCAUUGCACGGGACCCCUAUGACCUGACUGGAGCAGCUCUCAUCCCAGCAUCCCCAGAAGCGUGGGCUCCCUACCCCCUGUACACCACGGAGCUGACCCCUGCCAUCCCCCACGCUGCCUUCACCUACCCGGCGGCUGCAGCUGCAGCUGCUGCUCUUCACGCUCAGAUGCGCUGGUACCCUCCCUCUGAAGCUACCCAGCAAGGAUGGAAGUCUCGUCAGUUUUGUUAGUUCCUUAUGUCUCUUCUUGGCUUGUGUUCCUGCUCCCUGCCUCUCUGCAGAGGGACGUGCCAGGGAGGAUUGCUCUGCCCCCUCUGGAUUUGGUACGUGGCCAGCGGACGAUGCGCCUGGCCCCACCACGCUGCCCCCAGGGCUGCCAGAACCCCUUUCCCUGGACUGUGAAGCCAUUGCAGCCCCAGCCACGGGCUGUGUGCUGCCUGCAUCCCUCUCUCCAUCCCUCCAUCCCCAGGACGUCCUCCCCGACUGAGCUUCUCCAGCUGGCUGCACUGAAACCCAGCUGGGGGCUUGGUCCUGGGCUUCCCCGGGCUCGCCCUGCCCUGGGGGCAGCUGGGCCGAAGGAAUCGAAAGGCAAAAUGGGUUUUGCAUGUUUUCUGGCAUGAAUUAAAACACUUAACUUGUGUCUGUGUGAUGUAAGUUUGUUUGUUCUAGCGUUUGUGUAACCGUUAGCAACAGGUCUUGGCCCAACAGAUUGAUCCAUCAAGGUUUUCCUCUUGCUUCGGUGAAGACUUGGCUUUGAGAAAUACUAACUGUCCUUGUCUCACCCUUUCUCCCACCUCCACCCCCCCCCUC